AUGCACAUCCACGUCCAGGAAACCAAAGAUGAGCUGGAAAGCAGCAUCGCUGGGAACCAUGCCUGUCCUUCUUGCCACAAGAGCAGUCGUCUCUGCUCGCCCAUCCAGAACAUGGCUUCUCUCGGCAUUCUCGACCACACUUGCUGCGCCCAUUGCGUGCACGUCCUAGACGAAGACAUCGAGCUGCUGGCUCAGCACCACGCCUCCGUCGUUCAUUGUCCCCACAGCAAUCUCAAACUGGGAAGCGGGAUCGCGCCAGUCCAGAAAAUGCUAGAUAAAGGCGUGAACGUCUGUCUGGGAACGGACGGAGCGUCCAGUAAUAACAACCUGGAUAUGAUGGGGGAGAUGCGGACGGCGGCUUUGAUCGGCCCCAUCGCUGCAGGAGACGCGAAGGCGGUCGAUGCCGUGACAGCACUCGAGAUGGCAACGCUCAAUGGAGCGAAAGCGUUGGGAUUGCAGGACGUGAUAGGGAGCAUCGAAGUGGGGAAGCACGCUGAUUUGAUCGCAAUCGAUAUGAAUCGACUGGAAAGUCUCCCGAUUCAUAAUCUGUUCUCGAACCUUGUGUACGCUACAGGAAAAGAGCAAGUGACUCAUGUGUGGGUGCAAGGAAAGUGUCUGAUGGAGGAGAGGAACCUAACCACUUUAAAACUGGAGGAAUUAUGUACGAAAGCUAAGGAGUGGAGAGAUACUUUAAGAGCGAGCAAUCCUUAUGCAGAUAACGGAGCUGUUGAUCCUUGCUCUAGUCCUUUUUAG